CUUGCCGGAGUCGCAUGUCGAUAUUUCCAUUUUCUUCCGCAAAAUGACACUAUUUCAUUUUCUUAAUUGCCUCGCUUUAUCGUAUGUGCCGUAUAUGAUAACGUACAAGUGCUCCGGAUUAGCGGAAUACAGUGCUUUUUGGAAAUGUGUGCAAGCGGGAGUGGCCUACAUGAUAACGCAGUUAUGUAAAAUGCUGGUACUGGCAACAUUUUUUCCUGCCACGGAACUUUCUGGUGCUGCUGUAGGAUUUGACGUUGUAGGGGAGUUCUUGAAGUCUACCAUAGACUUAGCAGACUUAGUUGGAAUCCACUUAGUGAUGACCAGAGUGGCAGGCAAGGGGCAGCUCAAGUUUAUGAUAGCCAGCAUGGGGUGGGCUACUGCAGAACUUAUUGUCACAAGGUGCCUCCCUCUAUGGGUGGGAGCCAGGGGAGUUGAGUUUGACUGGAAGUAUAUACAGAUGAGCUUUGACUCUAAUAUCAGCUUGGUUCAGCAUAUUACCACUGCUGCUCUGGUGUGGCUGUACAGUAGAAAUGAUCUCAACAAAGCUCAUGUUCCUGUGGUGAUGCUUUUACUGGCACUGAGUUGUUAUAAGCCACUGAUUGUUGAGAUACUUAUCCAUGCUGUUGGACUGGGGUCAUGGACUCUACUUCUGGCCAAGGUGCUUUUCACGUCCUGUGUAGGAGUAAUUGCCCUCCAGGUUUACCUGGGGCUUUCCCAGGGAACAUAUACGAACUCAUAUAACUGAGAUUAGAAAGAUGAUGGAUAAUAUGAUCAGGAAAAGGGCUGAAGAAAGGACUGUUAGAGGACUCAAACUGACACUGGUCGGAGUUUUGUUUGAUUGCAGGAUGUGUAUGUAAAAACCCACCCCGUGACAUUUAAUUUAUAAACCGAGGGUGUCCGACUUUUCUCAGUGUGGGGCAGAGCAUGGGGCAGGUUUCAAAAGGGGGCCCAAAUUCUUUGGCAUCAAUGGCCAAAGUAAAAGGUGUAUGAGAUUAUGAAGCAUGCACAUUUCAUUUCAAGUUUGUGAUACAGAACUAGAAAGGUUAUCAGAUGUGUAUCGCUGGGUGUACAGUUAGGAGUAGUUGUGUAAAAAUAAUAUAAGAAUAUUAAACUAAUGACCAGUAAUUAAAGUAAUAUGAGCAAAAUAUCUAGUAAAGUGCAGGGUGACACCAAUGGCAAGGGAAAAGCAGUUAAUGGCUAUGUCUUUUGAGACAUUAUGUGUGUGUGCAUAAUAAAAGUGUUCACAAACUAUGUCUUUUUUACAUGUUACAACAUAAUC